AUGACCAAAGCUGUAUUAGGAGCUGCUAUGAAUCUAUCAACAGAGAUUGUCCCGGCUUCUUUCUCUUCAUCUUCGUCUACUAUUUCCAUUGAAAAAAUAUUUGUGGAAUCGCUUUUAGAGAUUGAAACAACUCCAAAAUAUCGAGAUAUUAUCCGAAAACAAAAGAAUGAUACUCUAUUUGUCUUGAAAGAUUCUGGAACCUUCCUAUUAUUAAAAGGGAAGGAUAUCGAUGAAAUUAAUGAUAUUGAUAAAGUGGCUGCAAAUUCGUUUUGGAAUCCCCUCGCGCCAAAGGCUAAGACAUCAGAAUGGGUGGAGUUCAAACCGAAUGACUUAGUUCGCCAAACUUACCCUGGAUUUAUUCCUGUAAGUUCGUGUCAGUCACAAGAGAAUGGACAGAGUGGGUCGAUUAGUUUUGGAUAUCUGCUUGGUGCCGAGGGUAAAGUUUCUGGUUCGAAAGUGAAUGGUAUUAAUUAUUGGUUUGCUGCAUUGGAUGUGGUUCUCCAGGUGGAUAUCAAGGAAACGGUUACUUACACUGGUUCAACUACUUGUAAGGUGAACGAGGGAACCAUAGGACAAGUUCUUAGUAAGCCAACGUACGCCGAAUUCAAAUCCAUCGAGAGGAUAAGAACUUGGAGUGAUGGACUACUGCAUUUCAUUGGGGAUGCAGAAUUUCAAACAACCACAGCAAUGGUUACCCUCUUGAUAGAGUCAGACAUGUAUUGUGCCACCAAUGAUGUUGUAGACUUGUUUUGUGAUCUGAAGCUUGGUGAACCGAAUUGGGAAAGUCCUCUUGGGGUUGAUUAUGAUACCAGAGAGUACUACAAUACUACCAAUGCUACUGCUUAUUUAAUUGAUACUUCUCGGAUGGUGAAGCGUAUCAUAUAA